CUUUACUUUUUUAUGAAUAGGAUAUCAAGCAGGAACCGUUUCUAUUAAAGCGAACCGACAAGGAUCAAAAAAAAAAAAAAAACCCCGCAUAACGUCUGUUGGUAACGGAAGCGAAGGGCUAAAUUAUCAGAACUUGUUUGAGAAUGCUUCAGAUUUUGUUUGGACUAACUCUGGAGUUUUGACUUGUCUUGAAGCAAUUGUGUAUUGAGAUAGUUGCUGAUGUUGGGAGAUGACACAUGGACUGUACUAAUGAAUCUUUGAUUGUUGAUAUGGGGUUAGUAGUAGGAGGUGGAGAUACUACAAAUAGUGUGAGUGGUUUGAAAAGAGAAUCGGGUUAUUGCAAUCAGUGUUUAAAUCUGGAAGCAAAGAUCAAGACAAUAGAAUAUACUUGUUCCAGUUUGCGGCAGGAGAUUGACCAGGAGAGAAAGGGGUUUAAGUUACUUGAAGGUAAGUUUGAGGCAUUGCGAGUCGAAAAGCUUGCUGUUGAGGAUGAGCUUGAGGUAUUGAAGAGAAGGAAUCAAGAGCUGGAAGAGCGGAUACGGAAAAUUGAGAAUAAUAAUCAAAGUAAUGAGGAAAACGAGGAGGAAGACAAGGUUUUACAGUUGAUGAUUGAGAACAAUGUCUUGGAAUGUGAGAAAAGGAAGGCUGAAAGUGAUGUUGAGUAUUGGAAAUCCAAGUGCAACGAGCUACAGUUGACAGUGGCCGAAUUGGACAAAAAAUUGGCCCAGAAAACGGACUUGCAAGAAGUAUAUAAAAUCGUAAAAGUUGAUGAAAUGCAAAAUAAGGCUGGUUUAGAUGCAAAUCCCUUUUUCUCUGAUGGAGAAAUUGGAUCUCUACAAUCUCAAGAUUCAGGGAAAUAUUUGGCAAAAACUCCAAGCGUGCAAGCCAAGCUUGUGGGAGGAAACCAAGUGAGGAAGCGAUUGACAUUUGAAGAAGGAAAGGGGCCUAACAAGAGGAUGGCUCCUUCUACGCCAGCUGGCGUAAGACCUGCAAAAGUUGUUGUCAUUGACAUAAAUGAAAGUGAUGAUGAAAGAACUACUGGUCCUCUCUGUACAUCAAUAAUUGGAAGUGAAUAUGAAACUUCUGUCCCUCUCUGUACACCUCCCGUACCAGGAAUUGCUCGUAGUGUACCUUACUGUGGAUCAGGGAGCACCUUGUCUAAUAUCGAAUUGCCUUCAGAGAACAAUUUAAAGAUAACUGACAUUGAGCAAGGUGAAGACAGUGACAUGGUUUGCCAUAAUAAGGAGGUUUUAUGUGUUCCAACUCCAAAAAGAAGGAGAGCUUCGAACAUAAUUGCUAGUGAUAGUGACACCGAUAACGAUGAUGAUAAAGUUCCAAUUUGCAUGCUCAAAAGUAGGCAUUUUUGUGAAAAAAGCUCUGAUGAUCAUCCCAGAGGCCACUCAACUCAAACUGGUGAUUCCGACGAAGCAAUCGGGAAAUCAUCUAGUAGACGGCGCCUAGUGAAGCUAAGUCAGUUCGAAGGGAAAGGUGGUGGUGGCAAUGACUUUGAAGAAGAAGUGUCAGAAAGUGAAGGAGAAAGCUUAGGUGGAUUUAUAGUUAGCGGCUCUGACAUCUCAGAUGAUGAUGACAUCUCUAAUUCUGACGGUGCAUUGCAAAGUAAUUCUUCUGUAGCUGAAGAUUCAAUAACUGAUUCAGAGCAUAUAUCAGAGAGUGAUUCAGAUUAUGGUGAGAUAAUGUCGAGAAUUCGAAGGAACAAAAGUGAGAAAUUAGAGUGGGAGUUCGAGGGGGAUAUGCUUGCUGCCUUUGGUAAGGAUCCUGAAUUAUGUAUGAAGGCUGUUUGUGUUUUGUAUAGGCAGCAAACAUCUGAGGAGCAAUGUAGUAAAGAAACAAUAUUUCACAAUCAAAGAGGUUUUAGCCAUUGCGAUGCCUUCAGGGGAAGCACCCUGGCUGAAUUUCUUACUGAUGGAGAUCCGCAAGGUGACAUGAAGAAGUCUUUGAAGGAAUUGCAAGCUUAUGAUCCCAAGGGUGUUGAAAUGUGCAUAACUUUGGCGACAAGAUACUCUAAGCAGCUAUUUGCUAUUUACAAAAACAAAGAGGAUCCUUUUUUCUCAGCUCCUUGACAUAGUGUCUGGUUUGUUUCCUUGCCUCGACACGACAGUCCAAGAUCAGUCUUCCUAACCUUGAUGUAGAUAUGACAUCUUAUCAUGUAUAGUCUGUUCUUUUGUGUAUACAAGAUAAAAUUUAGGUGCUUUGGCUAUCAAGAAUUAACUACUAUUACGUCUCAAUCCCAAGCAACUUGGGGUCGGCUGCAUGAAUUCUCACUGACCAUGUCGCCGAUUUAAGCUUGUCUCGACCAAUAUAACGCAAUGCUAGCAAUAAUUUAAGAUUAAAAUUGUUUUUACUUUCUAAAAAAAAAUAAUCCAUAAUAUUCUUACAUCCUUUUAGGAUGAAUAUGAAAAGUGUGCUGAAGUAUGGCAGCUGCCUCCGUUGGAUGUUGUUUUGAGGAGUAUGCUAGCUAGCAUAGUCAUUUGGAAGGUAUAGAUAAGUGGUUCAUGAUUGU